UUAUUUGGGGACAAAAGUAAGCUGCGCGGCUAAUGUGGGACAAUUUAGGGCCAAAAACAAAAUGGAGAACAAAGUUGUCAUCCGAUCUUGAAAUAGGUCAUCCCGGUUAUCCCGAUCUUUUAUAUGUUCAUUUCGUCAGGUAUCUGAAUCAUACGGUUUUGAGGAUUUUGCUACCUUCUUCGCAAACUCUUUUAAUUGUUGGAUGCGCAAAACAACCUAUUCAAUUCCCUUUACAUGACUCGGUGACCUUUGACACGUUAUACCUGGUUGCACGUCGGCUGACCCGUUUGAAACGUUCAGGGGCAAAAUUGGCCGUUUAUCCCGCCCAAAAAAGGAGAAAAAGAGAAGAAAAAUAAAACCAUGCCCAAUCGUCUCUGCUGAAGGCUUCUCAAGCCAAACCCUUGUUCGAGGUCCACCUAAUGGCGUUUUCCAUUCACUCUGCUGACUGUGAAGUGGAGAAGAAAACCUUCGCCAAAGUUGUGGCAAUUCACCGCAAAGAGAAAAUUUGAAGAAAGUAGAGAUGGAUAAAUGUUGGUUGACAAUUAGAAAUAGAGCGGAUCGAAGAUAUAUUAGAGGAAUAGAUGGCUUUCUUGAUUGGGCAUACAGUCAACCAAAUGUGAGCUCUUUGAUUCGUUGUCCUUGUAAAGGGUGCAUGAACACUGUGUUCAAGUUGAGAAACGUAAUAAGACUAGACUUACUGAAGAAAGGCUUCUGGGAUAGUUAUAAGGUGUGGGACUUGCAUGGAGAAGUUUUAGUAAGAGAUGAUAAUUCUCAUAAUGUAUGCAAUGAUGAAGUAGAGUUUGAUAAUGUUGGAGAGGAUGAUAUUACUGAAAUAGUUCAUGAUGCUUGUGGAUGUACGAAGAUGGAGGAAUCAUGUGGCUCAACGUCUUUAGCCACUGUACUUGGCAAGAGAACAAGCUCUGCUCGCGGAAACGAGUAUGGAAAGAAGCCUCCCAACAAGAGCUGCAUGCAACAGGCAAACUUUGAGGCUAGCCUGUCUUUUGCAAUAGAGAAAGCGCGUCAAAAGAUGCAAACUAACAUGAAUCAAAAGUUUCAAGAGAAACGUGAACAAAUGAUGCGAGCUAACAUGUAUCAAAAGUUUCAAGAGAAAUGUGAACAAAUGCGAGCAGAAAUGGUCAAAAGCUUUCAAGAUCAUAUUGAAGAGGAGUUUCGUAAAAUGCGAGUAGAAAUGGAUAAAAGAAUCCAAGAUCAAAUUGCUACCGUAUUUGUCAGAAUGCAACAGCAGGGACAAAGUUCUUCAAUAACGAGAAAUGAUGUGGCGAAUGGAGGAGAUUGAAGACAUUUAGGUUCCUUUUUUGGGUCAUAUGUGUAUGUACAGUAACGAAGUUUUUUGAAGUUUUGUACAUUUUGGUACAUGUUUAGAAGUUGAGUCUGUCUCUGCUGCUUCUACAUGUUCCUCAGUAAAGCUCAUUAUGAACAUGUGAGCUCAAGUAACUUGGCCUUUACUAAUCAACUAGUAACUUUUAACUGAUGCCUUAAUAACCUCUAAUUCACCAAUCUUUGUCAGAUCUUUUCUCUUCCCAUUCUGUAGCACUUACAUUGUACAUUUGUGAAAAUCAAGGGAAAUUUGA